UUAAAAACACUUGAAAUUAUAAAGAAGAAGGAAUAUAACCUCGAAUAUCAAUCAUGUGUUUAUUUAUAAAAUACUAUUUUAGAUAAUGUAGAUAAGAUAAAAUAAAUUGUUUUGCAUACUUCGAUCAUUGUUCGGCUAUAUUUUUACUGAAUAUCACAUAUUUUAUGAAUAACAUUCAAUUUUUUUCUACAUUCGGAAAAUUGUUUUGAGAUUAAUUGUUAAAAGAGAAAUUUCGAACAUAUUUAUUAUAUUAUGUCUCAUUCCACGUCUCAGAAUAAAAACUAUAAUGUUAAUAUUGGAGAUAUGCGAAUUGCAUACAAGGACAAAAACGAAACUUUUACAGAAAAUCAUCUUGUAAGUAAAGAACCAAUUGGUCAAUUUAAAGCCUGGUUCGACGAAGCAUGCAAAAUUCCGCAAAUUUUUGAAGCGAAUACCAUGUUUCUUGCUACAGCUACCAAAAAUGGAAUUCCGUCCGUGCGACCAGUAUUACUCAAAGAUUAUGGAGAAGAUGGUUUCAAAUUUUAUACUAAUUAUGAAAGUAGAAAAGCUCGCGAAAUAGCUGAAAAUCCAAACGUGGAGGUGAAUUUUUAUUGGCAACCGUUACAUCGAAGUGUACGUAUAGCAGGUAUAAUAAAGAAAACUUCUUUAGAAGAUUCAGAACAUUAUUUUCAAAGCCGACCAUAUGCAAGUCAAAUAGGAUCAAUGGCUAGUAAACAGAGUAGUGUAAUCGCAAGUAGAAAUACGCUUAUAAUAAAAGAAAGAGAAUUGUUAGCUCAAUUUCCAGAAGGAAAAAUUAAAAAACCAGAUUGGUGGGGAGGAUAUAUUAUUAUUCCACAUUCCAUAGAGUUUUGGCAAGGUCAAAGCGAUCGCUUACACGAUAGAAUUCAUUUUAGACGAUUGAAACCAAACGAAAAAAUCGACAAUGUACUUGUUCAUCAAGGAGAUAAUGGAUGGGUUUAUGAAAGACUAUCUCCAUAAACAAUAUUGAAAAAAUUAUUUAUUACAAAUGCAGGAAAGACAAUAUUUUCUUAGUAAUAAAUUCUACUUAGGUAAACUACUUAAAACUUAAUACUAUUUUCUUUUAAUUUUUAAAAUUUCUCUUUGUAAUCCUAAAAAUAUAUAUAUAUAUAAAAUUGUUGCUCGUUUAAAAAAA